UUGCUCCAGUGUUGUUGUUUAUCAACGCGAUUUCCUCACGGUACGAUCGGUAUGGAACCGCAAAAAGUGCACAAUAUUUGUCGAUUUUGUCUGUGCCAGGACGAAAAUCUGCUCCGUCCUAUCAGAGGAACACUAAGCAGCUCAAUGACACUCGAAGAUGUAGAACGGUUCACCGGUUUAAGGAUAAAUGCGAAGGAAAGCACGUCGUAUGCGAUGUGCGCGGGAUGUGUACAAACGUUGGAAAGCUGCGCCAAAUUUCACCAAUCCUGCUUAAACAACAAUGCACAAUUUCAAGAACUGCUCGCCCUACCACUGCUUGUUAAAACAAAAUGUAUCCCCAAACAUUCGGUUGAGCCUUUGGCGGAAGAUCCGUUAAUUUUGCAUUUUACUAUCGAGGAUGAUGAUGAUGAAGAUGUUAUAAUUCAUAACGACCACAACUAUAGUGCUAAUCCUGAUGAUGAGCAACACCAACGGAUGUGCACACAAGAACUGGAAACAUACUCUGCCAAUUACAUCACUAUCGGGGAACAUUCUGUUUCCGACAAUGACGAGCAAGAGUGUCACUUUGAGCAUUGGGGACGGAAAGCAAAAACGAACACCACACAUAAAACACUCGCCAGCCCCUCCCAGGAGGAAGAACCGAUGGAACGUGAAAUUAGCACCAAACGAACUAAACUUUCGCACCAUCCUCAAAAAUUAUGCAGCGAGUGCGGGAAAUUGGUAACAAACAUUCCAUAUCACAUCCAACUACAUAAAAACGAAAAGAAGCAUGCAUGUCCCCACUGUUCGGUAAAGAUGAGAUGCAAAGGCAAUCUUGUGAGGCACAUAAAAUCUGUGCAUCUAAAACUCGUAUAUAAAACAUGUAAAAUUUGUGACAAAAAAUGUUAUAACAGGAAUGUCUAUCUAUCGCACAUGAUUUCCAACCAUGACAUUGGCCAAAAAAUACAAUGCAAGUACUGCCCUAGAUUAUUUAGCAACAAAUACAGCGUGGACUCACACACGGCGAGAAUUCACUCAAACGUGAGAAGGUUUGAAUGCGAUAUUUGCGGAAAAUUGUUCAAACUGAGGCGAAUGCUGAAAAUUCACAUGCGUGUUCACUCCGCAGAUCAACCGUACCAGUGCAGUAAAUGCCCAAAGCGAUUUAAAAGUAGAAAUGCUAAAAAAGUUCAUGAAAUAACCCAUGACGGUACAAUAUUCGAAUGUGAGCUUUGUGACAAAACAUACCGCUACAAAUCGCUUCUCAGCAUGCACAUCAGAAAGCAGCACCCGAAGGAGACGGUUCAGGAUGAAGAGGAUUCCGAGGGGACCAGAAUGAGCAAUAAAUGAGUCCUUGCACCGCUAAAUCUAUUUCCUGGGCGAUAAGUAACCUGCUUUACGGCUGCGAAAAUAUUCGGAUGUCAAAGAAAAAUAUCUUCGUUCUCACAUGGACAUCACAUAAGUCUUAAAUAAGGAUAUCUUCUUGUACUCUGCAAGCUACAUAAAAAAUCGUGAACUGAACAGGAAACAAUUUGCUUUGAAAGUAACAGCACAACACAGAAUGUGGCCCAAAUCAGUGCUACCAUUUCCACCAUUCAUUUACAUUCAGUAUGCAGCUUCACAGAUAGAUGGCGCUUGUUGCUAUCUUAUGCAAAGUAUUUUCAAUGCUCGUACAUGAGCUUGCUGCGAGACUUGAUACUGAAUAAUUAUGAAUAUUUCUUCAAUUUAUUGAUCGAACAAAAGCGCGUUUUAUCGUGGCCACAGUCUCGAAAAAAAAACGCUGUAGCAAGUUGCAACUUCAUGGUUUUGUUCAAAUUUAUUAUUUAAUUUAUUAUUAUAUUGCAAUUCCUGUCAUUCUGAAUGGUCACCCUGUGUGCAUUGUUGUGCUUGGUCGAGUUUGACAGUUGCUCCAGUGUUGUUGUUUAUCAACGCGAUUUCCUCACGGUACGAUCGGUAUGGAACCGCAAGAAGUGCACAAUGUUUGUCGAUUUUGUCUGUGCCAGGACGAAAAUCUGCUCCGUCCUAUCAGAGGAACACUAAGCAGCUCAAUGACACUCGAAGAUGUAGAACGGUUCACCGGUUUAAGGAUAAAUGCGAAGGAAAGCACGUCGUAUGCGAUGUGCGCGGGAUGUGCACAAACGUUGAGAAGCUGCGCCAAAUUUCACCAAUCCUGCUUAAACAAUGACGCACAAUUCCAAGAACUGCUCGAGAUGCUAAUAGCCAGCGCCCAAAGCAUCCCUGGCGUUACGAUUGAAGCUUUGGCGGAUAAUACACGUGAUCCGUUAAAUUUACAUUUUGAUGUUGAUCAUGAUGAUGACGAAGGGGAUGAUGAUGGCGAUAAUGUCAUUGAGAUAUAUGAUGAUGAUGUUGAUGACGUCUACAGCGAGCACCAGAAGAUAUACAUCAACGAACCAGAAACAUACUCUGCUAAUCAAAUUGAUCUCGGCGAACAUUCUGCCUCCGACAACGACGAGCAAGAGUGUCACUUUGAGGGUCUAGGAGCGUUCAAUAGGGCACCACUCGCCAGGCUCUCCCAGGAGGAAGCAAAGAAGCCACGCGAAAUUAACACCAAACGAACCAGAAAUUCGUACGCACCCAAACAGUUAUGCAGCGAGUGCGGAAAAUUCGUAACCAACUAUACGUUACACAUCCAAUUACAUAGAAACGAAAAGAAGCAUGCUUGUCCACACUGUCCGAUAAAAAUGGCCUGCAAAGGCAAUCUUGUGAAGCACAUCCAUGCUGUGCAUCUGAAACUCAUAUGCAAAACGUGCAAACUGUGCGGCAAGGGCUUCACCAGCAACAAUUCUUACGUGUCCCACAUGGUUUCUCAACAUGGCAUUGGGGAUAAGUUUCAGUGCACGGAGUGCUCGCGAUUUUUUAACCACCGAUCGACCCUGGUUGAUCACAUGCAGAGAACUCAUUCGGACGUUAGGAGUUUAGCAUGUGAUAUUUGCUGCAUGACGUUUAAAGUAAGACGAGCACUGGUGCUUCACAUGCGUGUUCACUCCGCGGACCAACCGUUCCAGUGCAGUAAAUGUCCAAAGCGAUUUAAAAGUAGUUAUGCUAGAAAAAUUCACGAAAUGACCCAUAACGGUGUAGUGUUUGAGUGCGGGCUCUGUGGCAAAACAUACCGCUACAAAUCACUUCUUAACAUGCACAUCAGAAAGCAGCACGAAGCUUCGGAGGAUCCCAGCGUGAGCUACGAGUGAGGCCCUUCACACAAACAUACAUAGAAAAUAUCAACCAUUUUCAUACUAGUUCAAUCAAAGCAUGACUCUGCCUCGGACCUACCGGCAAUAUUUGGCAUCAAUGUAUUGCAUAAAACAAAAAAAAAACAUUUCCGUGUAGCACCAAAA